UUUCCCUCAACAAAGUAUUUAUCAGCAAAGUCAGUGCUAGCGGGAAAAGAGUGCCUUUUAUUUAUUAUUUUCUUACACUUGGCGUUAUCUGUCUAGCAAUCAAGCUUGCCAGCCUAUCUAGCUAGUCAGUGUCUGGAUUCAGACUUGUCUGAGUUUACCGCGCUAGCUACCACUUGCCAGUAGUCCGGCUAAUUGUUGCUAUCAAACUAACAAAGCACAGCUGCAACUAUGUCUAUGGACGACUUCACUUCGAUCAGCAUGCUGUCCCUGGCAAUGCUGGUGGGGUGUUAUGUGGCCGGAACCAUUCCUCUGGCUGUCAACUUCUCAGAGGAGAAGCUGAAGCUGGUGACGGUCCUAGGAGCAGGGCUGCUGUGUGGUACUGCCCUGGCUGUCAUCAUCCCUGAGGGGGUCCAUGCCCUGUAUGAGGAGGUCCUGGAGGGUGUGCACCAUGCCCCUGUCCAGGCGGAGGGGGUGGGGGUGUCUGAGCCCAAGGAGGGUGUGGAUGCAGCUCUGGGGGUCAGUGGGGGCCACAGCCACAGCCACCAGCACCUCCAUGCCUACAUCGGGGUUUCCCUGGUCCUGGGGUUCGUCUUCAUGCUGCUGGUCGACCAGAUAGGAAGCGCCCACGUACACAGCAGCACUGACGAUCCGGAGUCUGCGAGGAUUGCCAGCUCAAAGAUCACCACCACCUUGGGACUGGUGGUCCACGCAGCAGCGGACGGCGUGGCUCUCGGAGCAGCCGCCUCCACCUCCCAGACCAGUGUUCAGCUCAUUGUCUUCGUGGCCAUCAUGCUUCACAAGGCCCCAGCAGCCUUUGGCCUGGUCUCUUUCCUGAUGCAUGCUGGUCUGGAGAGGAACCGGAUCCGUAAACACCUGCUGGUGUUCGCCCUGGCAGCACCUGUCCUCGCCAUGGUUACCUUUGUAGGACUCAGCCAGAGCAGUAAAGAGGCGCUGUCAGACGUGAACGCCACAGGCGUGGCCAUGCUGUUCUCUGCCGGGACCUUCCUGUAUGUCGCCACCGUACACGUUCUGCCUGAGGUGGGCGGGACCGGACACAGCCACUCCCCCGCUCCGGGGAAGGAAGCAGCGAAGGGACUGAGCAAGGUGGAGGUUGGGGCUCUGGUUCUGGGUUGUCUGAUACCACUGGUGCUGUCCGUUGGACACCAGCACUAGAGAGACACACACACACACCGCUAGCAGACACAUGAGACCCAGAGGAGGAGAGUGAAGGAGGGAUGGAGGGGGUGGAGAGUGGAGGAGGGACGGAGGGGGUUUAGAGUGAAAGCAAUCUAACAGACACCUCUAUCACACAUCUCAAAUGUCUUAUUUACCUGUUCUGUUGGAUGGACUACUGAUUGGUUGGAGUGGGGUUGUUGUUGUCCUCGUUGCCGGGACAACGACCUGCGGUGGAAUCGGAACCACACUGGACAACAGGAAGGGAUGAUGACGUCAUAACCAUAGUAACAACGACCUCCCUCUUGUUCAACACUCAAAAGGAAGUGCUGUCUGCUGGUACUGAAGACUACUGCUACCAUGUUUCUGUUUCUUUUAAGCAGACAUUUAUUUUUCAAUUUUUUGGGGGGGGUUCUCUCUAGGUAUGCUUUACAGAUAGCAGGGGAGUUGAUCAUGGUUGUAUCCUGUUUUCAGUGCUACAGAUGAACCGUCAACUCCUGACCUCCUGUUAAUGUACCUGCUAUUUUGUUGUUGAGGACUGGGCUGUGAGAAACGUAGAGAUAUUUGUGACAUCUUGCAGUAAAAGUACAGUUUUUAAA